CGGCGGUUGAUCUGGCCGCACUUCAGAGCAGAAGGAGCAGCUGAUAACACGGUCGAGUGAAAUUAACAUUUUAAACAGUUUUGAAGGCAUCGGGCUUUUUAUUUUUUUAUUUUUUUUUUGUAUUCUACGGCGUAUUGACGAUGGAGUCGACACCUACGGUGCUGUUUGCCGGGGAAGCCGAAGGGUCUAUCCGGAGUUUGGAAACUUUUCCACUCAAAGAGAUCGGUUCUGCAAGGUGGUUCCGACAGCACGAAUACAUCGAGAAGCUGAACAUGCAGGCGAUCCUGAACGCCAGCGCCAGUCAGGACGAGUUUAUCAAGGAUUUUCUGGUGUCUCUUGGGAAGGUUCCCAUACUGAUCCGAGAAAUGAUCUCGGUGGAGAUAUGGAAACAGAAAGUGUUGCCCGUGUUGUGCCAGUUACAGGAUUUCAACCCAAAGAGCACAUUCCCUUUAUACAUGGUGAUUCAUCACGAAGCCACCAUCAUCAAUCUCCUGGAGACCGUAUUAUUCUACCAGGAUUCCUGCGAGGCAGCUGAGGAGUCCAUUCUGGACCUGAUCGAUUACUGCCACCGCAAGCUGACCCUGCUGGCAGCGCGAGGCGAGACGGGGGACGUGCCAGCCAAGGACAGAGUGACUGAGGCCGAGGGCCCAGAGACGUCCUCCCUGCAGGAGCUGCAGAAGCAGAGCUCAGCCUUGGAGUUUGACAUCUCUCUGAAGUCCCUCUCCGUCCUCCGCUACAUUACUGACCACAUCGAUAGUUUAAGCCUGAGCGCACUCACAAGACUGCUGAGCACCCACAACCUGCCCUGUGUGCUCGUGCAUCUGGUGGAGCACUGUCCCUGGAGCCGUCGCAAAAAUGGUGAGCUGGAGAAGUACAUGGAUGGGAAGUGGCAUCAGAUCCCCAGGGAAGACCACCUGAAAAUGACCAAGCUGGAUGGGCAGGUGUGGAUUGCGCUGUACAACCUGCUGCUCAGGUCUGAGUGUCAGAGGAAAUACGACUUCAACAGCUUCAACAAGACCCAGCUCUUAAAGCUCCGUGGCUUCCUGACCGAGGUACUGAUUGACCAGCUGCCCAAUCUGGCCGAGCUCCAGCGCUUCCUCAGCCAGCUGGCCAUCACUGACCCCGCACCCCCUAAGAAGGACCUCAUUCUGGAACAGAUCCCGGAAAUGUGGAAUAAUAUUAUGAAAGAGAACUCUGGGAAGUGGAAGGCCAUUGCUAAGUACCAAGUGAAGCAAGCAUUCAGCCCCUCUGAAGAGGACCUGAGGCAACAGGCACACAGGCUGGCCCAGACCUACAGUCUGGAUGUCAUGGAGAACCUCAUCCCUGACAAACCCAAGUGCGGCUCCUGUGGCUGUGAGGCCGCCAAGCGCUGCUCCCGGUGCCAGAGCGAGUGGUACUGCCGCAGGGAAUGUCAGGUGAAACACUGGCCGAAACACAAGCAAGCGUGUGAGCUGAUGGCCGAAGCUCUUCACAGACUCCGGGGGGACUUGGACGUCAAGCCGUAGGACUCGAGAAGAGUCAGCAGUGGGUCUAACAGGAAAGACAGCCCAGACUGAACUGAGGUUUUAAAGCACAGGGUCCCAGCAGUCUGCCUGACAUGCCCUUCAAUAUACUGUCAAUGUCAGUGCAGUGCUAAAACUAAAUGAGUGGUGACGUUGGACAGCUAUUGGUGUUCUGAGAAAAUUCAUCUAUUGUUGCACUGGUUUCAGCUAAAACUCCUUUUAAUAGUGUCUAAGUCACAUAGCUUUGAUUGCUGUACAUUUAUUAGUAAACUCACAGUAGCACAAUAACCACAAGCUCACAAAAAUAAAAACAAAUGAGGGCGUUUUUGCAGCAGAGAAUUGGGGCUUUACUUGUGAUCCAAGGCUCCCUGCCAAAGAUUAAAUGCUAAACAGACACUGUGCAAUUAUCUACUACAUCAUGGUGUUCAACAUAUCCCUCCCUCUUUGGCUGAUCAAGAUGUGUUAUUUGUAUUCUUUCCACAUGGGAACUGUCUGUUGCUUACUCGUGUCAAAGGACAGGAACAUUGGCUCGCUUGUGACAUACAGUACAUGACAUCUCUUCUAAAGAUUAAUACACACGUCUUCCUUGCUCAGAUGUCAGCAUGUAGACACAUGGCAGACAUACCGGUUAAGAAAUGGGAGGAGAACAUCCAUCCAACCCAUUUGUCUAAAAGAUUCUCAGUGGUUUAACUGGGUAAUAUACCGAAGGCCAUGUUUGCGCAGUGAUGGAGAGGCUGUUGCACCCUCUGCCAGAAACCACUAGAUGGCCAAUGGCAGUAGUUUAUUGUCUGUUUGCUAUUUCAGAUUAAAAGCUCGUCCAAGAUCUUCUCUUCUUCAGAAACUCUGGCCUAGAAAUACAAACUUGUCUGAUUGUGUCUGCGUGCGUUGCUCUCACUGGAAGCAGAACGAUGGUGUUACCUCACUCUUGCACAUCUGGAAAGAACUGUUCAUAGUCUCGGGAGGAGCAUCAGCGAUUGCAGAACCAACCAGAGGACACAAGAGCUCUACACCGAAUCCCUUGGCCAUGGUGUAGCAUGAUUGUGUAUAUAUCUUUGUGUAUGUUGUGAUACUACAAUGUGUACAGUUUGGUGUUUACUACACCCUAAUGGAACAUGAUUACCUGUAAAACAUCUCCCUGUAAAAAGAAACUUCUAACAUUGACAAGUAAUAAAUAACUUUCAUGCACUA